GCAAUCCACAUUGAUAACUUCUAGAUAUCGCAGACGUUAGGUCAGUCUUUGUCACACGUUUUUAAACGGUACAACAAAAUGCAAUUUGUGUAAUUUUUCAAUAAGUAUAAAUAUUUAUAUACCUACAUAAACUUAAAUGUAACGUUGUGAGUGAAUAUGUUGUCAUUAAAGUGGUCAAAUAAAUGGUUGGUGUUGUGGUCCCUAUGGGCGGCUCGCCUGGUGCGCCAGCCGACGCCGGCGGUGCGCGUGAGCGGCGGCUGGCUGCGGGGCACGGUCGCACCCGCCGGCACGCACGUGCAGUAUCUGGGGGUGCCGUACGCUACUGUACCGAACAGGUUCCAGGCCCCCGGUCCUGAAAUGCCGUGGAAAGGGAUUUUCGAAGCUGUCAAUGAAAACAUAAGAUGCGAACAAGUAUUGUAUGAUGGUUCAAGUAUAACAAUGGGUCGGACUGACUGCUUACAUCUAAACAUCUACACGCCACUCAAUACAUCACCUAAUGACUCAUUGCCCGUCAUGGUAUUUAUCCACGGAGGAGGCUUUCAUUCAGGGUCAUCAUCCCAGGCUUUAUUAGGUCCCGAAUACUUGAUAAUCAAAGGUGUUAUUUUAGUCGUCGUGAACUACAGACUUAAUGUUGAAGGUUUUCUCUGUUUGGGAAUCAAGGAAGCUCCAGGGAAUGCAGGACUUAAGGAUCAAGUAGCGGCUUUGAAAUGGGUCCAAAGGAAUAUUAAAGUGUUUGGCGGUGAUGUGGACAACGUCACUAUUUUUGGUGAGAGCGCUGGCUCCGUUGCAGUUUCAACUCACAUCUUAUCUAAAAUGUCUAGAGGACUAUUCCAUAAAGCUAUAAUGCAAAGCGGAUCUUCUCUCGGAGGCUGUUCUCUACAGUAUGAUCCAGUUGACAUAGCUAGCCGUAAAGCGAAGCUGCUAGGAUUAGAUUCAAUGGACCCACAAGAACUUUAUAAUUUUUUGAAAAGACAAUCUGAAACGGAUCUCAUUACCAAAGCGAUACCAAGAGAAGAAGGCAAUCUAAUUAUAUCUGAUCUCAUAUUUUUGCCUUGUGUAGAGAGAGAAUUCGAUGGUGUAGAAUCAUUUUUAACUGAAACCCCGUAUGAGAUAUUUUCCAGAGGCGAUUUCAACCAAGUGCCCUUGAUAAUUGGCACAAACUCUGAAGAGGGACUGUUUUUUGUAAAUAUAGAAGAAGAUCAUUUUAUACCUCAAGUCAAACUUGAUGUAGCACUGCCUAAAAACUUAGCUUUUCCUUCAAUCAAGGAGCGCAAGGAAGUGGCCAAUGAAGUACAUAAAGUUUUCUUUGGAGAUGAAAAUAUAUCGUUACAGAAUUUAUAUAAUUAAUCAAAAUUCAUUGUAGAAUCAUUUAUGGAGUACCCUGUACUGGAGGAAACCAAUAUUAUAGCUCGAAACAGUGAUAAACCAGUUUUUAGUUACAUAUUUAACUAUGAUGGCUGGAGGAAUAUUGUGAAGCGUAUGAAUCCUAGAAAAGAAUUCAUAAAUGUGACUGGAGCCACGCAUGCUGAUGAUUUAUUCUAUUUGUUCUCUCAACAAAUUAUACCCACUCUGUUUGAAAGCGACAUUAUAAACAAGAUGACCACUCUGUGGACCAAUUUUGCCAAAUACGGAGAUCCAACACCGUCAUCGAGUGAACUGCUCCCAAUCAGAUGGCCUCCGGCUGCAAAAGAGGAAGAGCAUCGCAAGACUUUUCUCAUUGACCAAAACAUAAACAUCAUUCCGCAACCAAAGAAACAGUCACUAGCACUGUGGAGAACCGUUUACUCCAAAUAUCGGAGAAAGAUCACAUCUUAAUGACUCUCGGUCAGUUGCACAAACACCAUUAAGGUUAAAUGUCGUAAUUUGUAUCGGUAAUGUAGCUUUAAACUAAUGAAAAUUUUAAUGGGCAUAUGUGCGACUGGCUGUAUGCCUACGAAAACCUUAGAUCUUAAAAACACUCAAUUUGGAAUAAUUUAUUUUUCUUAUUUACUUAAUUUAAUUUUUUCAAUAAAUUUAAUUUACACCCAAUCCCCUGACCCUGAAGUGGCGUGGAAAGGAGUUUUUGAAGCUGUUGAUGAUAAUAUACGGUGUAUACAAAGCGUAAGAGUUGGCUCCAGUAUCACAAUGGGAAGAGAAGAAUGUUUACGUCUUAACAUCUAUACUCCAAUAGAUAUAUCACCAAAUAAAUAUUAUCCUGUCAUGGUUUACUUCCACGGUGGGGGGUUUAUGUCCGGGUCGAAUUCUCAAGCUUUAUACGGCCCUACUUAUUUAACUGACAAAGAUGUGAUUCUAGUUACCGUAAACUACAGACUGAAUAUCCAAGGUUUCCUCUGUUUGGGAAUCAAAGAAGCUCCAGGAAACGCAGGACUUAAAGAUCAAGUUUCAGCUUUGAAAUGGGUCCAAAGGAACAUUAAAGCAUUUGGUGGUGAUGUGGAUAAUGUCACUAUUUUUGGUGAGAGCGCUGGUGCCGUUUCAGUGUCAUAUCACGUGAUAUCUCCUAUGUCAAGAGGUUUGUUCCAUAAGGCUAUAAUGCAGAGUGGAUCGCCUCUCGCAAGUUGGGCUUUACAACACGACCCAGUUUACGUUGCCAGUCAGAAAGCGAAAAUAUUAGGAUUAAAAUCGACAGAUCCACGCGAACUUUACGAUUUCUUAUACCGGCAAUCUGAUGCCGAUCUCAUAACAAAAAUAGUACCUAGAGACGAAGGGAACACAAUAAUAUCACAAUUAAUAUUUUUACCAUGUGUAGAGGAAAAGUUUGAUGGGGUUGAACCAUUUUUGACAGCAACCCCUUUUUCUUUAUUAUCCAAAGGCAAUUUCACUAAGGUGCCUAUGAUUAUUGGCUUGAACUCCGAAGAGGGACUAUUCUUUGUAAAUAUGGAAGACAAUCAUUUCAUAUCACGUAUUGAUUUUAACAUAUCACUACCGAAGAACUUAGACUUACCAACAAAUGAUGAGCGAAUAAAAGUGGCUAGAGAAAUUGAGAGUAUGUAUAUGGAGGGAAAGAAAGUAUCAUCAGAGACUUUUUAUAAUUAUUCAAAAUUUCUCGGAGAAACAUUUAUAGAGUAUCCAAUAUAUGAAGAGAUUGAUAUUGUUGUUCAAAAUAAUGAUAAACCUGUUUAUAGUUACUUAUUUAACUAUGACGGCUGGAGGAAUAUCCCAAAGCGUAUACACCAAAGAAAAGAAUUUAAGAAUUUACCAGGAGCGACACAUGCUGAUGAUUUAUUUUAUAUGUUUUCACAACAACUAAUUCCUUCGUUAUUCGAAUAUGAUAUGAUCAACAAAGUGACAACAAUGUGGACCAACUUUGCCAAAUACGGUUGUUUAUAUAAAUAUCUUAAAAUAUUAUUUACUUAUUAAAUAAAAAUAUUGUUAACAAUUAAGUUUACAUCUUACUAAAUAAGGUACAAAUGGGCUUGUUUUCAAAAAUGAGAUAGUGUUCACGGACCACUCUCUUAAAUACAACUUUCUUGGGAGCUUUCUUUUUUACUAUUAUUAUUAUAGUUUGUAUUUUAAUGUUUCAGAGACCCGACGCCAUCUAUCAGUGAACUGCUACCAGUAAAAUGGCCUCCGGUUGUAAAAGAAAAAGAUGACCAAGGGAUGCUAUACAUCGACCAAAAGUUGAGUGUAACUCCACUACCGAGGAGACAGUCUUUAGAUAUAUGGAAAAACAUUUUUUCUAAAUAUAGAAGAAAACAUGGCACUUUGUAA